AGUUCAUCAUAGCCUUAGAUACACACAUCAGUCGACAGACUAUCAGUAAAGAAAAAUAGAUUAUUAAAUGAACUUGGUGUUCGAAUUUGAAAAACCAUUCAUUUCAUAUAUUUGUUAAUCAGUUGCUAGUUGUGUGUUGAAGUGAAUGCACGUGUCCAAUAUCGUAGAGUGUGCGUGUGAAAUUCAUCAAUUAAAAACAGAAAAUCAAAGUAUUACAACUGGUAAAUCCUCAAAACACCAAGCCGACCAAUCAAUUUCUAUUCCAAUGUAAACAUGGAUACUCAUAUGUCAUUGGAGGAGCCGCUGAAGGGCCCCGUAUACAGAUUUCAACGAGACUGGGAAAAGCCGAAAACCUUUCGUGGACCGAAAAGAGCAAUUCGACUGUUUUUGCUCGGUGUCACGAUACCGCUUCUAUUUAUUGCAAUUCCCCUAUAUCUCAAACAUCGAGUAUACGAUUACCAGGUAUAUCCAGUUGGUAUGUCUGAUAUGCGGCUAAUCGAUAGUCGGGUGUCAACGACAUGGUGUCAGCGGCAAAUAGUAAGAGCUAAUACUACGUUCAACGCAUUCUUAAUGGCAGACUCUCCGCACGUCACCAAAACUCGUACGCCGGUAUCGAUGACCCGCCACUUGCUUCUCAGUGACGAUAUGAAGGAAUAUUGGGGAUUUUAUCUUCUGAAAGGGUCAACUGUAACAGUUUCUACAUGCGCUCGAUGGCCCGGUGCAUCGUUAAUUCUUAUCAGAGGGCAUCGACAUCUACACGAAUGUGCUUAUAUCGGGGACGAUUCAUCGGAAGAGCUUGACGAACUGAUGGAAAUAGCAGCCGAACAGAACGGCAUAAUAACGUCCAAUGAGAUGAGUGAUUCCGACGACAAUCCAGCUAAUAGAGUGGAACUACUGACAAAGCAUCGCCCAGAAGUGGUUUUCCACGAUGCCCGGUUGAGAGACAAUGCUCAUAGUUACACAUUCUCUCCGGAUAAUGAUGAUAACUCUGCGAAUGUCAAUGCUAAGCAAAUGAAAGAGCUACUGAGUCAGCUGGCAUUAAAGAAUGGUCGCAUGAAACCGAAUUUGAAAUCGAAAGCAAAGCUGAAAGCAAUGGCCAACGAAGCUUUGCUGGCUAAACUAGCUCUGGAGGCGGCCAAAGAUCAUAUCCACAAGAAACGUGAUCCAAGUGUGGGCGCCAAUGAGGCUGAAAAUCUUCAAUUCGAAGGCGACAUUGUCAACAUGACGUCGGCCGAAGAACUGGAUAACAUUUUGAAGAAACUGAAAUCUAUGGGCGCGAAAGGUGAACGCGUGUUCAAUCUUUUGAAAAAACAAGUCACUCUGCAUGACGACCUUGAUGAACCACAAACUACGACACCACUAAGUACAAUUAUUCACGAAGACCCAUCCACACCUCCUUCACCACCACCUGACGUUGUACUUAAUGAGACCUUAAGUGUUGAGGAAAAUUUACUUCGUCAGAAGAGAGAGUUCGUGUUGAGGACGGCUAUGAAGCAUAAAGAACUAAAUGAAGAGGAAGAAGAAAACGAAAACCUGGCAAUUGAAGAGGGAUACCAGCCCGAUGGAAUAGCUGACCACCAUCACGUUUUAAACGAAACAACAAUGAACGACCGAUCCAAUUCCGAAUUUUGGUCAUCAUUUUCGUCGAGCGAAGAGGCGCUACUUAAUUGUGCCGGUCUCAUAUUAAGUUUACCACUCAGUCCACACAAAAUGUGCACAAACAACUCCAAGGACAAACAAUUCACCGAAGCAAGUGCUGCAAACACGGUCACAUAUACGGUGCCACAGAACGGUUACUACUUUUUCGUGUUUAACAGUGAAAACGAGGUGCAAGAGAAUUACAUUCGUGUCCAUUUCAACUUGCAAAAGACCAUGUACGAUGUAUCGGAUGCCGUGUAUAAAUGUAACAAUUCGACGGACCAGUGUUCGUUGCCGUUGAAUUUCUUUUCGAAACAAAAGGUCGUCUUUGAAUUGCCACUGAAAAAUAACGAGAGUUUGUGGAACGAAGAGUUUCUGGUGACAUCGGAGUGUGAACCGCGCACGAUUAUGUAUCUGUUGUGCGUUCUGUCCGUUCCGUUGUUGGUGCUGCUGUUCGCUUUUCAUUAGGGCUUCGUUGAACGCGGAGAGGGAAGAGAGAAGUAAGUUUUAACCAAAAUUGUAAUCGAUUGCUCAAUUCAUUUAGCCUUUUGAUAAAAUCUUUCGUAACUCGUCAACGGAACGUCACAAAAAGUUUAAAUUAUGAAGUGUGAAGUCGUGUGACGCAGAGCAUAUGAUAUUUGCACACGACAGGUAACUAGUAAGCUUAAUAAGCUCUAUAAUCAAGGCUAUAGUGCGUAUCCUAAAGUCUCCUAUAUCAAACUGAACAAUUACACAUCUACAGUGCCUCAAAUAGCAUUUAUCACUCGAUGGCAUAAAUAUCUAUUUUACGAUAGACAGUCCUUCUCAAUACUUGAACGUCGAAAGGGUGUACUUAAAUUUGUGUACUUUUAACUGGAGUGUUUUUAUGUUAUCUACUUCCCUUCCCCCAUAGGCUCGUCACUUUUACCAUUAUUGAGCUACCACACCAACUAGUUUAUCCGUUAUUCAGUCGACAUUUUAUUCGUUCAGAUCUUUUUAACCUGAAAUUCUAUUUUUUGUACAAAAAAAACCGUUAUUUCGACACAAAAGAAAUGUGAUUGUGAAAUGAAA